AUGGAUAUUAAUCUAAUGAAUAAUACGAAAACAUCAAAUUUAUAUAUUAGUCCAACAUUAAUUUGGUGUUUAUUAAUGCCAUUAAUACAUUUGUUAAGUUUAAUUUCGAAUAUAUUUUGUAUUAUUGUAUUUUGUUCUAAAACAUUUAUUCAUAAACCAAUAGCUAUUUAUUUUAUUUGUUUAUUAAUAAGUGAUUCAACAACAUUAUUAAUUGGUUAUACUGAAAUGGUUGAACGUGAAUCUUCUAUGAGUGAUAAAUCAUCUUUAUUAUGUAUGUUUAAUGGAAAAAUAAUUCGUAGUUUAACAGAUUUUGUUUAUACAUUUAUGGGAAAAUUUUGUCUUGAAUGGAUGCUUUAUAAAAUAUUAUGGACACGUGCAUCAACAAUAUUACUUGCUAUAUUAAGUAUACAACGUUCACGAACAUUUUUUUCAUUAUCAUAUCGUGAAACACGUUUUUGUGCUGUAUUAGCAUGCAUCAGUAGUCUUGUUAUUGCUAUAUUAAUAACUUGCUUUGAAUGGAUUGGUAUACAAUGUUCGAAAUCAACUGAUUCAAAGAUUUAUUUCGAAAUAUUUCAAUUAAUAAAAGAUAAUAAAUUAUUUAAAAAAAUUUAUUCAAGAGUUUUAUAUGACCAUUAUGAUGAAUUUAUUGAUAAAUAUUAUUGUAUAUUUCAAUCAUUAGGUAUCAAUCAAUUGAAUAGUACAAUAUCAAAAAUAAAUGAGUUCAAUUGUUCAAAUACAACAAUUUCAUCUGAAUUUUAUUAUUUAACUCAAUCAUUACUUUCUAAUCGUGAUUCAAGUAUAUCGGUUAGUACAACAAAUGUAUUAACACAUAUUUAUGAAAAUAGUUUUAAUAUAACAAAUGCUUCUAUUUUAAUUGAACAACUUCCAAAAAUAAAAUCAUCAGAUGUAUUAUUAAAAUUAUUUGAAAAACGUUCAUGUCAAAUAACAAUAAUGUAUUCUGUUUAUCUAAAAAUAUUUGAUUUUCUUCAUUCAUUAUCAUUUGCAUUUAAUCGACAUACAAUGGCUAUAUUUUUUGGUAAUGCAUUACCAUCAUUUAUUGUCUUUUUAGCAAAUUUAUCAUCAUUAAAAGUUAUUUAUUUUUCAACAAAUUUAAAAUAUUUAAAACGUACAACAAGAAAUAAUCGUCAUAGAAAUCGUUUACAAAAUGAUGUACGUGCAUUUCUUGUUAUAUUAAUUGAAAGUUUUUCUGUUAUAACAAUAUCAUGGGGUAUACCAAUAUUUUUAACAAUGUAUUAUUGUCAUACAUUAUAUGUUGUUACAAUGGCAUCAUGUCCACAAAUAAAACAAUCAUUAGCAUUAUUUCUUUUUACUGAUUUAUUUAAUUCAUCUACAAAUUGUUUAUUAUAUUCAUUAUCAGGAAAAUUAUUUCGACGAAAAUAUAUUUCAAUUUUUAAAAUUAUAUUUACAUGUGGUCGUAGUAAAUCAUGGGAUAUUAAACAAAAUCCAUUACUUUCACCAUCACAACAAAUGGAAUUACAAAUAUCAAAUGAACCAUCAAUCAAUUGUAAUUAUGCUAUUUAUUCAAGACCAGAAAGUUGUCGACAGUCUGAACUUUUAUCAUCAAUACAAAUAAAAAAAUUACAAAAUUUAUCAAAAAAGAAAAAACUCUCAGAUAAUAAUGAUGCUUCAUUAAAUAUGCUUAAAACUGUAGAGGAACAAAAUAUUAAUGGUGAAAAUGAUGUAGAAUCUAUUAAAAAAAAUCAUCUUACUAAUAAAUAUAAAAGACCACAAACAAUCAAGACAUUCUUUAUUGAUAAAGUGCAUUUUUUUGGUUCAAGAAAAAAUAUUGAAGUAAGAAAACAACAAACUGAAUUAAAUACAAUUGGUCAAAAGAAGACGAGAAAAAAGGCUAAUAUAUCAUUUUUAUAA